AUGAAGAUACAUUCUCUUCUACCACUGGUAGUUUUUGCCGUUGAUGUUGGAGCUGGAAAGAUUUCGGAGCAAGAGAAUGAAGAAACUCAAAUGAUUUGUGGGAAAAGAGCCGAUGGCUACAGUAGAAAAGUGAUCAACGGAGAGUAUGUGAAGAAAGGUGAACAUCCAUGGGCGGUUUCUGUCUACACGAGAUUCCGCAAUGAGAAGAACAAGCGAUUCGUUCUUUUCGGACCCGGAACCAUGAUUUCGUCCCGUCACAUCAUCGUUUUCAAGACCUUCAAUACAACGGAAAAUCUGAAUACAACGGAAAAUCUGAGGAGGGGGAAGUUGCCGGUAGGCAUGUCCGCCAACUCAUCAACCCUUUCUUACGAGCAAAAACGAACGACGAGGAACGAAAUGGAGGACGUUGAGAUGGCACAGCCGGCUGAGAAGGAUGGAGAGGCGGAGCGGCAAGCAGGAGGAAGCAGCAACGACGGAUCGCUAGAAAAAAUGAAAAGAAUCAAAGGCUUCAAAAAGUUCGUCGAGAAGUCUGAAGAAAUGGUGGAGAGUGUGAAGAAGGCGUUGGGAGAUACCGCGCUGACGUCGAGGAAACAAGACAUGAUACUGGCGCCGGUGGUGAAGUAUUGCGUAGAGCUGAGGGAGCGCUGUGAAGAAGUGCGCUGUGACGGAUGGCAAAAGAAUGUGCUGAAGCUGAUGAAGGAAAGAGGGGUUGAGACGGUUGAAGAGCUGCGGGAAGAGUGUGAAAAGGCGGAAGAAAAUAAUGAAGAGGAAGGAAAAAUAGAAUUGGAAAAUGAAAACGAGACGUUGAAAAGCACAAACAAAUGUUUACAGAGACUUCUGGAGGACAAGAAUCUCGAGCUGACCGAGGAGUUGGAUCGGAGCGCAGCCGAGGUGGAAACAAUGAGAAAGAAGGUCGAAGAGGCCGAGAAGCUCGUGGAGAAGUUGAAGAAGGCAAUGGUUAAGGAGAAGGCCGUGUCGGGAGGACUAAAGGGCAGCAUCGGGCACCUGGAAAGUGAGAGAAAAGAGAGGAGGGAGAAAAGAAACCAAAGAGAUUUGCAGAAAAGCUCGCCAAAGCUCAAGGAGACAGGAAGGCGGCGGAUGGAAGACUUGGAGAGUUCGAGCGGUGGAUCGAGCUAUUCAGGUGAGGAGUAUGAGGUGGAAAGGGGGAAAAGCAGAGAUGAGUCGUGGGAAAGCGCGUCGAGGGUCUCGAGAAGGAGUAUGGUAGAAGAUGUGGUGAAAAGUAUGGGAGAGAUGAUGAGAUCGUCGGAGCAAUACGAAGUGUGCAAAGAUAUAGUUUUGCAGCACGAGAACGAAGAGUUCCGGAUGAAUCAGCAGAAGGGAUUCUUCGGAGGAGACAAAGGAAAAGGAAGAGAUUUUAAGAAAGAGAAGACAGAGAUGGGAGAGAAAUCGGGCGGUACAGAAGACAAAGGGGUGACAGGGGGGAGACGCGAUAUGGGCGAACGUCGACCGGGAGAUAUAAAGAAGUGUUUCAACUGUGGUGGUGUUGGACACAUAGCGAGACAGUGUACUUCCAAGGGGCUCAAUGAGGUUGAAGCCAAGGAAAAGGAAGAGGACUGUAGUGUGGGAAAAGAGAUGGGAGCCUUGGUGGAGCGAAAAUCGCCUGGAAGACCGCGUAUCACGUCGAAGAACAUGGAUCGGAACAUCGUCCGAGCUUCAAGAGAGGAUCCCCAGAGGAGUUCUACGGACAUUCAGAUGGUCGUGAAGACUCCAAAUGAAGUCACACCAUCCCUGAGAACCGUCAGAAGACGUCUUCAAGAUGCUGGACUCCAUGGACGACGGCCAGCUAAGAAACCAUCGAUCAGCAAGAAGAACAGAAUCGCCCGCGUAGCAUGGGCCAGAGCUCAUCUCCACUGGGGACGUCAGGAUUGGGCUAAUCACGUGUUCAGCGACGAAUCCAAGUUCAAUCUGUUCGGUCCUGACGGUAUCAAGUGGAUUCGCCGUCCGGUUGGAUGUCGGUUCGAUCCCAGCUACCAGCUCCAAACCGUCAAGCAUGGAGGUGGAUCGGUGAUGGUCUGGGGCUGCUUCUCUGGGACUUCAAUCGGCCCGCUGAGAAGAAUUACGGGCAUCAUGGAUCGCUUUGUGUAUGAAGACAUCUUGGAGAACACAAUGAGACCCUGGGCACGGUCUACUGUGGGCCGGGCGUUCGUUUUCCAACAGGAUAACGACCCGAAGCACACCUCGAAGCACAUCAAGGAGUGGUUCCGACGCCGCCACGUGGAUCUUCUGUACUGGCCAAGUCAAUCUCCGGACUUGAAUCCGAUCGAACACCUCUGGGAGCAUGUCGAGAGACAGCUUAGAGGGAUCCGUGCCUCGAAUGCCAACCAGAAGUUCGACCAACUCCAAGAUGUCUGGCAGGCCAUCCCGAUGUCUGUCAUCGACACUUUUCUCGACUCGAUGCCAAGAAGAUGUCAGGCGGUAAUCGACGCCAAAGGCUUCCCAACGAAGUACUAA